UCCUCCCGGCUGGGGAGGCGCUGGACCCACGCGCACUGGGCCGGCUGCAGCUGCCGCGCUCCCCUCCCCCGCCCCGCGCCGCGCGGCCGCCCGUCGCUCCGCACGGGGCUGGAUGGUUGGAUCUGGCAGGGUGGCUCCAGGAUGUUAGGGACUGUGAAGAUGGAAGGGCAUGAGAGCGGCGACUGGAACAGCUACUACGCGGACACGCAGGAGGCCUACUCCUCCGUCCCUGUCAGCAACAUGAACUCCGGCCUGAGCUCCAUGAACUCCAUGAACACCUACAUGACCAUGAACACGAUGACCACGAGCGGCAACAUGACCCCGGCUUCCUUCAACAUGUCCUAUGCCAACCCCGGUCUGGGCGCCGGCCUGAGUCCCGGUGCUGUGGCCGGCAUGCCUGGGGGCUCUACAGGCGCCAUGAACAGCAUGACCGCGGCGGGUGUUACCGCCAUGGGCACGGCGCUGAGCCCGGGCGGCAUGGGCUCCAUGGGCGCGCAGCCGGCGGCCUCCAUGAACGGCCUGGGCCCCUACGCGGCCGCCAUGAACCCGUGCAUGAGCCCCAUGGCGUACGCGCCCUCCAACCUGGGCCGCAGCCGCACGGGCGGUGGCGGCGACGCCAAGACGUUCAAGCGCAGCUACCCGCACGCCAAGCCGCCCUACUCCUACAUCUCGCUCAUCACCAUGGCCAUCCAGCAGGCGCCCAGCAAGAUGCUCACGCUGAGUGAGAUCUACCAGUGGAUCAUGGACCUCUUCCCCUAUUACCGCCAGAACCAGCAGCGCUGGCAGAACUCCAUCCGCCACUCGCUGUCUUUCAACGACUGUUUCGUCAAGGUGGCGCGGUCCCCCGACAAGCCGGGCAAGGGCUCCUACUGGACGCUGCACCCGGACUCCGGCAACAUGUUCGAGAACGGCUGCUACCUCCGCCGUCAGAAGCGCUUCAAGUGUGAAAAGCAGACGGGGGCCGGCGGCGGGAGCGGGAACGGGGUUGCCGCCUCCAAGGGCGGCCCGGAAAGCCGCAAGGACCCCUCAGGCGCGGGUAACCCCAGCGCCGAGUCGCCCCUUCAUAGGGGUGUGCACGGGAAGGCUGGCCAGCUAGAGGGCGCCGCGGCCCCCGGGCCCGCAGCCAGCCCCCAGACCAUGGACCACAGCGGGGCCACGGCGACAGGGGGCGCUUCGGAGUUGAAGAGUCCAGCCUCUACGUCUGCGCCCCCCAUAAGCUCCGGGCCAGGGGCGCUGGCAUCUGUGCCCCCCUCUCACCCGGCUCACGCCCUGGCACCCCACGAAUCUCAGCUGCACCUGAAAGGGGACCCCCACUACUCCUUUAACCACCCCUUCUCCAUCAACAACCUCAUGUCCUCCUCUGAGCAACAGCACAAGCUGGACUUCAAGGCCUAUGAGCAGGCGCUGCAGUACUCUCCCUAUGGCGCCACCCUGCCCGCCAGCUUGCCUCUUGGCAGCGCCUCUGUAGCCACUAGGAGCCCCAUCGAGCCCUCAGCCCUGGAGCCGGCCUACUACCAAGGUGUGUAUUCCAGACCUGUCCUAAAUACUUCCUAGCUCCGGGGACUGGGGAUUUGUCUGCGUGGGCAAGCUGGUAGCAGGAGAGAGAAAAACCAACAGCAAACAAAACCACAUAUACCAAACCAACCACAUAGUAAAAUCCCAACUCUUUUUAUUUUUCAUACACCGUUUCUCCCCAGUGCAAAGGACUGUUACUUUAUUAUUGUAUUCAAAAUUUCUUGUGUAUAUUAUUAUGAAGACAACCAACCCCAUACCAACAACUUUUUUUUUCCCUGCAAAGUUGAAUGAUCCACAAGUGUAUAUACAGAAAAUCUUCCUCCUUCCCUGCCCUCUUCCCGUUUUCCGGUUCCCCUGCGGACACAGUAUAGUCUUAGCAGGGCUUAUUUAAAAAAGAACGAUGGUCAAGUUUGUAAAAUAUUUGUUUGUGUUUUUUUUUUUUUUUUUUGGCCCCUCCUCAUCGAGGCCCACCACAUGAGUUUACAGGUCUGUGGCAAUACUCUUACCCUAGUAAGAACUGAGAUGAAGAAGAGACAAACAGUAGGGGCUCUUGAAAGUAUUGGAAGGCAGUACCUGCAAAUAUGCAGUAAGGUAUAAACAGGUUACAAACAUCAGAGCCACUUGUUUUCAGCUUACAUUUCUGAUGCAUUCAGAUAGCAGAUGUCUUUAAAUGAAAUACAUAUAUAUAUAUUGUCUAUGGACUUAAUCAUGCUCAGAUAUGUAGACCUCAUCCAAUUUUGUAUAACAUGUAGAGGUAGUAGGCAGGUGAUUUACAUGCUACAUUUUCAAAAGUUGCCUGACCAAGUUACAAGGAUUGCCCCUCCCCCAACACACACUUGCCUUCUACCCACAAAUGGCCCUGAAAAUCAAUCCUUAGGAAUUACCUUCUUCCAGAACUCUGCUCCCUGUGUUUCAGGGUACCACGGUCUUAUUCUGAGGUCACAUGUAUAAAAUUAGCAUCUGUGUAUGUAUACCAUUUAAAGGACUUUUUUUCCCAGAAAAAAAAGGACUAUCACACAUUGAGGAGAGAGGUUAUAAGAAACUGUAUUUCAAAAUUUGGUCCAAGGUUCCAGAGUCCUGAUGUGACCAUUUGAGUUAUUGCUGUCUUCUGCUCCUCUCACGCAGUGUUAAUGCACUUUCCACAAUCGGACGUGGUGUUAGUUAGAGCCAGACGGGUUUCAUUAUUACUCCUCUUUGCCUUCUCAAUGUUAAUUUAUUGCAUGGUUUAUUCUUUUUCUUUACAGCUGAAAUUGCUUUAAAUGAUGGUUAAAAUUACAAAUUUAAAAUGUUAAUUUUUAUCAAUGUGAUUGUAAUUAAGAUAUUUUGAUUUAAAUAACAAAAAUAAUACAAGAUUUUAAUCCGUGGAAUAUGUUCCUGAUCAUAUGCAGUUAAGGACUUUAAAUAAAUCAAAUGUUGACAAAAA